CUAUACACGUUCAUGCUGCAAUUCUCUCCUUGAAAUUGAGAUCACUCCAUUCAGUUUUGCGAUUUAUUUCCUUAAAAUUGAUUUCUUUAUCAGUUGGCAUUUCGAGCAAAUUUAUUAAUGAGUACCGAUGGCUCAUCUGGUUUGAAAGAGAACAAUGCAACUGCCAAAGAAAGAGAAACGUGAACAACAUAAAGUGGAUGAACUGCACAUGACUCUGUCUUCUUUCUCCCCUUGUCCCCUUCCAAUGCCCAAAGAAAAUUAAAAAGAUAACAUUUACCUCUCUUCUAAUGGGGUACUAAGUGGUGGAGGUGAGUGGGGGCAGGGCCGAUUAUAUGUUUUAACUGAAUACAGCCAACUUGAAAACUCCACUAAAUCUAAUCUCUGCAUUUCUGUUUAAUGCAUACACAGAUCUGUUUCUCAAGACUCCAAACACAUUUGUUACCUGUAUCAUCCAUACCCAGAUUUGGAAUCAAUAAAGAUUUUGUAAGUUGAGGAUCAACCAAAAAUGUGGAGAGUGAGUGUGUUAGGCUUAUUUGUUGUACUGGUAGCUAUGCAGAUUUCAUGUAGCAGUUCAGUGAAGUGUGAUGGGAGACUCUGCAAGAGUGGAGAAUGUGACGAGGAUGGUCAAUGCAUUUGCAAACUGCCUGAUCCUUCCACUAUACUUGAUGGAGAUCGUCCAUUUCUUGGGGGCAAACAUUGUGAUGAGGAGCGGAUCAUGUGUGAUGGAACAAAUUCAUUCUGGUGUGAGCAUGGAGGUGUCUGUGAAGAAAUCAUCCAGGGAGAGAAUUACACUUGCAAGUGUCCGCCAGGUUAUAUUGGAGAGCACUGUGAAUACAGCGGGGCUCCUUGUGGAAGUAUGUUUUGCUUUCAUCGGGCAGAGUGUAUCAUAGAAGACCGUGAGUGUGCUUGUCCUCAUAAUUGGAGAGGAAGUGUUGAUUGCGCCUUUCCUACUAAACCGAAACAUUCCCUUAAUGAUACGACACCUAACUUUGAAGCCACUCACCAUGAAGGUGGAGGGAAUGAGUGGUUUGUCCCACUUGUUUCUGUAGUGGUUGGUGUGGGAGUUUUGGGUAGUGUUGUUUCUUGGACCAAAACAUACCACAAGAAGAGAGAAGCAGAAGCCACUAAAUUCCAGCAGCUAAGUCAGGCUCAAAUUGAAGCAUGUUUAGAUACCGAUGAUGAAGAUGACAACAACAAUUUAAUGGCACCUCAAUCUCACUAGUUUAACCAUUAACCUGCAUUCCCUUCCUUUCAUUUAGAGUAAUUAAAUAGGAAACCUGUAUAAGGAAUCACAAUAAGUUGUAAACAUUCUUAAUUUUUGUAUGUAGGAUCCGAAUGUGUAAUGGAAGUAUACCCCUUAUAUCUAACACGAAAUGGCUGUGCUACUGCUAUGUCAAGCAGCCCUUGAAGAUGUAUGUCUUUAAGUUUCCAGGAAAAACAAAGUAGAACCUAAAGCUUUCUAUGAAAUGAACUGAAAUGUUGUCUAACAAUAUUCAAAUAGAAUGAAAAUAUAUUUGAGUUCCA